AUGUUAAUCAAGUAAAUCAUUUUCUUGCGUCUGGCUAUGUGGAGCAGCCUGUUGUAGUCAUUCAACUUGCAAAAGUCAAGUUCUUUAGGGGUCAAGUAGGCCUUCAAAAUGUGAUGUAUGCCACUCAAAUGUUAUUUAAUCCUGAUCUUCCUGAGGUUGUUGAGUUCAGGCAGAGUAUGAUUGAGCAAGGGGUGAAUGGUACUCAGCCACUGUUUAUUGAAAAUGAGGGUAAAGUUGUGUCGUUAGAAGAUGAUUUCAUGCGUUUAACUAGAAAAUGCACAAUUGAAGAGCUUCAAGAUAAGAAUCAGGAGGGUUCUUUUAUCAUCUUUGGUACAAUCCAAGGUAUUGUUGAGGAUGGAGGUUGGUGGUAUUCUGCUUGUGUGUGUGGAAAGGGUAUCUAUCCUCAGAAUGGUGCAUAUUACUGUGAUUUCUGUUUGAAGCACAUAACCAAUGUCACUCCAAGGUCAGAAAUUUUGUUGAAAGUGUAUUUUUAUUUUGUCUUCUAGAUUGUUUGUAAGAAUGAUGUUUCUUGGUAUUAUUUUUUCUGAAUCAUUGUGUUCCUUUUUUUUCCCUCUCUUCAGAUUUAAAGUUAAAAUAAUAGUUGAAGAUCAUAGUGGGGAGGGUAUUUUCCUUCUCUUUGAUCGUGAGACAUC